CUGAUGAUGAGGAUGAGACCCAUCCUAAUAUCGACACUCCAAGUCUUUUCCGAUGGCGCCAUCAAGCAAGAAUUGACAAGAUGAAGGAAAUGGAGGAGAACAAGAAAAAACUGGAAUUAGGAAAGCAGCAAAAUAAGACUAGGGUAGAAGAUCUAAGGAAGAAACUUGAAAAUCUGGAAGCCAGUGGGGAGGAUUCAAAGCAAAAAGAAAAAUUGCAAGCAGAUCUUAACAAACUUAUUAAAGAAGAGAAAGAGUGGAGAUUGAAAGAAGCAGAGAUUGAAAAACAAGAGAAGGCAACCCCUUGGAAUGUAGAUACCCUUAGCAAAGACGGGUUCACCAAAACAAGCAUAAACAAGUACACGCGUACUGAUGCUGAUUUAACUGAGGAGCAGAAAGAAGAAAAGCAGAGAAACUUUGUUAAGAAUUAUGAGAAAGACAUCCAGAAGUUUGGCAUGUUCCGCAGAUGGGAAGACAGUCAGAAAAUACUUGUGGACAAUCCUCACUUAGUUUGUGAAGAAGCUGCUAAUUAUUUAGCAAUUUGGUGCAUUGAUCUAGAAGUAGAAGAGAAAUCAAGUUUAAUGGAACAGGUUGCCCAUCAAACCAUCGUUUUACAGUUUAUUUUGGAGCUGGCAAAGAGUAUGAAACAGGAUCCAAGAGCAUGUGUGAGGCCAUUCUUUGCAAAGUUGAGCAAAGAUGACCCGGAAUAUCAGACUGGCUUUAAUGAUGAGUGGAGGUCAUUUAUUAAGCGAGUGAAAGAAAGAGCACAAGCAAGGCUGGAUAGAGCAAUGGCUGAAACAGUGAAGGAAAUGGAGGCGGAACGACAAGCUCGUCUUGGGCCUGGAGGCCUGGAUCCAGUAGAGGUUUUUGAAUCUCUGCCACCUGAGGUUAAAGAAUGCUUUGAAGCCAAAGACAUACCAAUGCUUCAAAGGGUUUUAUCUGCCAUGGACCCAAAGGAGGGUGAAGAGAUCUUAAAAAAGUGCAUUGAUUCUGGACUGUGGAUUCCUGAUGCCAAGAAACACGAGGAAGAACAGAGAAAACUUGCUGAAGCACAAUCGCCAGCUGAUGAGGGGUCAGAGAACAACGAAGAGAAAGAUGAACCAGUUUAUGAAACAGUAAAGGAGGAUGGGACGAGUGUUUGAAAUUUAUGACUAAGAAAACUAGAACUCUUUUUUGUAUGAUCAAAUAAUUAAAAAAGACAUGACUUAUCUGCAAUCAUUACCAGUGAUGUUAUUGGUUAUAUAAUUCUUGGGGUGUGUUCCUAUCUUCAUGUUGUAUAAGGCCAAAAUGUUUGGAGAUGCCCCUCCUACCAUAGUCUCCUUUUUAUAAAAUCUCCAAUAGUUAUCAGAUAACUUGUUUUCCCUAUGUCUAUCCAUGGUAAUGUAGUGUGGUUGGAUUAUUUAUACAGCGCUUCAUAGUCUCCAAAGUCUCAAAGCGCCCAUGGUGUGGACUAGCUCGCAUCUGACCACAGCAGGGGCUGUAUGAACCAGUACACUGGGGUAAACAACCCCCACCCACCACUCAUCUCGAAAAACUUACUGGGUUCUUUAUAGUGCACACAAGCCAUUGUAUACACUGGGCCUACAGUUUAUAAUCCUUAUCCGAAAUGACUUGUUCCACCACUAGACCCAUAGGCAAGCUGAGCGUGUCAUUCAAACCAGUGCUGAUAUUGUGACUGUACUGUAGGUUGUGGCGCACCUGACUUAACUGCUCGACCAUCCAAUUGGUGUUUUCAUUACCCUAGUUGAAUUGACUCGUAGAGGCAUGUGACACAGCGGGCUUUGUCCUUUGAAACUGUAGGGCAUGUGUCUGACAGUGGUCUUAUUGGUUUUGCAGUAUGUCUACAAUUUUUUGUUUGUUUGUUUUUUUUUGUACCCAUGGCCCAUGGGUAUGGGUGCCAGUAUGAUGUAAAUGUUGUAUUGGUCUCUGCUCUAAAGUAACAACUGCAUGAUUAAAUAUUAGAAAAUACCUAUUUCAUUACCAAGGCAUCACCAUUGAAUUUAAACUUCUCAUUUAUAGAAA